CGACAAGAAGGCAGAAUAAGAAUAUCUGGCCUAUCCCCAUUGCCAUCAGAAUAGCAAUUCGACCACCUCUACAAACCAUUUCGCUCAUUUUCCGACGAUACGAGGCUUAAAAUAUGGCGGCAGGGGCGCAAGUUAUCGCCAAUUCCGGCCACGAUGACAUGAUUCACGAUGCCGUUCUCGACUACUAUGGCCGACGACUCGCAACCUGCUCUUCAGACCGGACAAUCAAGAUCUUCGAGAUCGAGGGCGAGUCACAACGGUUGAUAGAGACAUUAAAAGGACACGAAGGCGCGGUAUGGUGCGUAUCCUGGGCGCACCCCAAGUACGGCAACAUCCUCGCGUCGGCCGGGUAUGACGGCAAGGUCUUCAUCUGGCGCGAGCAGGGCGGCAGCUGGCAGCGCAUCUUCGACUUCGCGCUGCACAAGGCGAGCGUGAACAUUGUGACGUGGUCGCCGCAUGAGGCUGGCUGCCUGCUCGCGUGCGCCUCGUCGGACGGCAACGUGUCGGUACUCGAGUUCAAGGACAACAGCUUCGAGCACAGCAUCUUCCCGGCCCACGGCCUCGGCGUCAACUCGGUCAGCUGGGCGCCCGCCACCAACCCGGGCAGCAUCGUGAGCAGCAACCCAGGCCCGGGAGCGACGGGGAACCGGAGGUUCGUCACGGGGGGUUGCGACAACCAGCUCAAGAUCUGGGCCUACGAUGCUGCCGCCAACGCCUACAAGCCCGAGAGGGAGCCGCUGACCGGCCACACCGACUGGGUCCGCGACGUCGCCUGGAGCCCCACCGUGCUGCAGAAGAGCUACAUUGCCAGCGCGUCGCAGGAUCACACCGUGCGCAUCUGGACGAGCGACCCCUCCAACCCGACGCAGUGGAACUCCAAGGUGCUGAACUUUGACGCCGUUGUGUGGCGCGUCAGCUGGUCGUUGAGCGGGAACGUGCUGGCGGUAAGCGGGCAGGACAACAAGGUGACACUGUGGAAGGAGAACCUGAGGGGAGAGUGGGAGUGCGUCAAGACCAUGGAGGAAUAGAUGCGAUGGGGAAGGUUGGGGCUGGGUGUGUGUCGCUCCUGUAUGGCGUUAAGGGGAGUUGGUAGAAAAAGAUUCCGUUCUUACGAGGCCGCUUAUCCUCAUAUCCCAACGUUCAGGCCCCGCGAAUGGAAGCAAGACUUUUGCAGUCAAUACUUCAUGUUCUGAUACAACCUAGGUAGGCACCACGGCAUUGUAAUAUAACCAGGGCCGAAUUGCUACUCAACUUACA